AUGUUAAUAAUGUCUUGAGUGUGCUUCGAACAUUUCUUUUUAAAAAAUGAAUUUAUAUAUUUACUUAAAUAAGAGAUAAAUAGUAAGUGUACUGCUUAAAUAUGUCAUUAAAACCUGUAUCUUUGGAUGAGUUUAUUGGCCUGCUGGGUAAAACAGACUUGAGGCAGCGUCAGAAUUUGGCUGAUGCUCUUGUUGCAUAUUUGGCCGAUGAUAAUAAUUCUCUUGAAUGUGAGGAUUUAGGUCUAUUAGUAGAUGGACUUUUACCAUGGUUAGAUGGUGGAAAUUUUAAGAUUGCUCAAAGCACUCUUGAAGUAUUCAAUGAAUUAAUCGGACGCCUUGGAAGUGAUUUUAGUGCUUACGCAGCUACAGUAUUAACACACAUCAUAGACAGGUUAGGAGAUUCAAGGGAAACAGUUAGAGAAAAGGCUCUUAUAGUAUUGCAAAAGUUAACCGAAUGUCAAGUCUUUAGUGCACAGGUUUUGCUGAGCAAAUUAAUCCCAUAUUUUAAACAUAAAAAUGCUAAACUUCGAGAGGAAGUUUUGCGAUGUGUUGUGCUCACACUCAAUGAGCAUGGCAGUCAAGCACUUUCACUUAAGACAUUUAUUCCUUGCAUAAUGAGCUUGUUGAGUGAUCCAAAUUCUGCUGUCCGUGAUGCCUCUAUCAAUACUCUAGUCGAAAUAUAUAAACAUGUUGGUGAGAGGUUGAGGGUUGAUUUAAGGAAAAAAGACAUACCUGCACCGAAAUUAGCAUUAUUGGAAAAUCGGUUUGAUGAGGCUAGAAAUCUUGGAUUACUGUUGCCUUCUGCAAUGGGUCCAGCUGAUGAACCUGAUAAUUUAGUAAUGCAAAGACCAGCUAAACCAGUGAAAAGAGCUGCUAGUAUGCCACUGAAAAAGGGAAUUAAUAAUCAAGCUGAGACACCCG